AGAGAGAGAGUGUGUAUUUCGACCAAAAAAAAAAAACAAAAAAACUCUCUUUCAAGACAAUCCAUCUCUCUCUUUCCUUCAAUUCCAACUAAUCUCCCGACCAAAAGCAAAAGCAUCGCAGAAACUAGAUUCCUCCAUGGAAGAAUCUGAGCCGAAAAUCGAGUACACGACCGGCGUCGAGACCGCCGUGAGAAUGACGUCACCGACGUCCUCCGUCGCCACCACAAGUGUCCACGUAAGCGCCCUCGACGGACUCGUGAACGUGAACUCUCUCUUCACCAUCGCCGUCUUCGUAGGUCUCUCCUUAGCGACGCCAGGACAGCAUAGCCUCGAGCAGCGAUCCAGCUGCGACGCAAGUGCUGACGUGGCCAAGAAGCUACUGGUCUUCGAAGUCGUCUCCUUCAGCUUCUUCCUCUUCUCCUCUCUUGUAGCUCAGGGUCUCAAGCUUGCCCUGAACCUUCUCAACAGCAAAGACGUCGACGAGAUUUUCAGGGCCCACAUCAACAUCAAGGUCUUGAGAUGGGGAAUGAUGGCAUCUGCUGUCGGAUCCGUCAUGGGUUGUCUGUUCUUGAUGCUUUCUAUGGUCAAUGUGAUUCAGAUCCGUCUCGGUUUGCUCUCUUGCGGCAGCAAAUCGGCGGCUCAAGCGGUUGCAACGCUCGUGACGCUGGUUUCCUCUGCUCUGUUGGUUUACAUCUCUACUGCCGUUUACGCUUUCUGGCAUUGAAACUGAUUUGAAUUUAGUUCCUCAAAGAAUCGUCAAAAUUGGAUUAUACAGAGGAAAUUGAUUUGGAAUGAUGAGGGAGACUCUCAUGUUCCUAAAGUCCCUGGCUUUAUUCCUAAAGUCCUUGGCUUUAUUUUGAUUGGCCGAUGUAAUUUAUCAGUGUCUUUAUAAGUUUUUUGUCCACUGGUUCAAACAAUUUCUCUAUAUUUUUCUGUGUUUCUUUCGGAGAAAGAUGUAAAGAUGACAAGAUAAGAGAAUAUUGAUGAUAAGCUUUUUAUAAGCACAAACGAAGGUGUGUUCCUUAUUUAAUCAGCUU